AUGAGCCCUGACAGAGCCUUGCACCAGGGAAUCCUCAACAGCAGCUGUGGUUAUAUCUUUCGAGAGACGGUGGAUCAUGUGGUGACAGGCCUGCCUAUCUCCUCAGUGGAGCAGAUAAUACAGGAAGAGAAAAAUGCCUGCCUCAUAGCGUCUCCCUGUCCUCCUGGCUGCUGCUGUCCUCGCCCAGGAUUCCUGGUUUUGUGCGAGUCUCUGGGUCUCAGGUCACUUCCCCGCUCUGUCCCUCUCAGUACCUCAGCUCUAUCUGUGGCCAGAAACCAGCUCUGUAACGUGGACCACCUGCUACGGCCCUUCUCGGACCUACAGGAGCUGAGCCUGAGUCACAAUCUGCUGGCCCGCUUCCCUCGUGGCCUGCCCCCCAGCCUGGAGUCCCUGCUGCUGCAAGAAAACCGCAUCACUUACAUCACCAUCGGCGCCCUGCGACAUCUGGGGAACCUCACUCGUCUGGAUCUGGAGGACAAUCGCAUCCGUGCCAUCCAACCCGGGGCACUUCAGGGCCUCAACAAGCUGCAGGUCUUGACACUGAAGGGGAACAAGCUUACGAGGCUCCCUCUGAAUCUUCCUCCAUCACUGACACAUCUAGACCUCUCAGCAAACUGCAUCUCUGUCCUGGACCUGCCCUCGCUGUCUGCCCUGGUCAACCUGCAGGUCCUGAAGAUCAACAGCAACUGCCUGCGUUCAGUCCCAGAGAGCGCCUUUGACGGCCUGCCACGUCUCAGAUCUGUGGCCCUCUCCGACAACCUGUGGGUGUGUGAGUGUGACAUCCUGUAUCUCUACCGCUGGCUGCUGAGCGGUCAGCUGAGGAUGGCCACAGACCUGGUGUGCAGCGAGCCGGUGCAUCUUGCUCACCGACUGCUUCUGAACCUCUCCGUCAUGGCCAUCUGUCCUCGUGUCCUGAAGCCAAAUGACAGGACACACCAACUGAACUUCAACGCUGCACUGGAGAGAAAGCUGGAGGCGCUGACAAUGAAACCCACUGGACUUUCUCAAAAUAACAGAAAUUUGGGGAACUUGUCAGAGAAAGUAUCACAAGAAACCACUGCUGGACUUCUUCCCGGAGACGUUCACAACACUCGUGUGUUACCUGACCACUUCUCUUUGGAGACACUUACCUAUGAGGAGUGUUUGUCCCUAAAUAAAACACAGUCAGUCAAGCCACUCCAUUUACAAACCACCACUAUCCCUGAUGAGGAAGUGAAGUGCACCACAGGUCGUUCACCUCAUAUUAACACAACCUCUGCUGAGGGGACACGAUCUUUGCUCCCCACAAACAGAGACACACCCUGGCCCACUCCCGAGCCACGAGCGUUCAGACAAGACUCUGCAGUGGUCAUCUCUCUUCUUGCUGUGCUGUGUGUAUUAGUAGCUCUCCUAAUGCUGGCAGUGCUAAUUGUACUGAAAAAGGUUAUUCUGCGCCAACAGAGGGUGGCUCCGCUUGAUGUAGGAUCUAGUGGAUGA